AUGGUCCUCUAUGAUAUGGUCAUGAUCCCCAUGCAGGCCUAUGAUAUGCCCGAGAACGGCUUCUUAGAUUUUAUGGAAUGGACCACGCGCUUAUUCUGGACUUUCGAUAUCUUCUUCUCCUGCAUUACUGGAGUGGUGAUGACCGAUGGAUCAGUGGAGUACAACAUCAGGAUCAUUUUAAAGCGCUACGCCAAGACAUGGCUCACCAUGGACCUCAUCAUCGUCCUGUCUGACUGGUCCGAAGUGGUGUUCUCUUCAGGAGGGGUGGCCAUGUUGAGCUUCGCUCGCACCACACGCAUUGUGCGCAUCGUGCGCUUGUUGCGACUGGUGCGGAUGCAAGAGAUCAUGGCCAAUGUCACGGAGAGAAUCCAAUCCGAAACCUUGGGACCCUUGGUGCAGGUCUGUAAGGUGCUCAUCGUUUUGCUGACCAUCAGUCACUUCACGGGCUGUCUCUGGUUCGCCGUGGGCGCGCGCAACACGUCGGAGAGCACCUGGGUCAAGGUCCUCAGCUACGACACGCAGGGCGUCGAUGCCCAGUACCUGGCUUCGUUGCACUGGGCCCUGUCGCAGUGCCGCGGCAUGGACGAGAUCUCCCCCGCCUCUGCACUGGAGCGACUCUUCGCCGUGGCCGUGGGCGGUUUGAUCUUCGUGGUGGCGCUUGUCAUGGUGGGCGUCUUCACCUCGGGGCUGACGCAGCAGUACAUCAUCGGUGGCAGCGGCGCGCGACAGCUGGCCACGUUGAAGCGAUAUCUCAAGCAGAACAACGUCUCCAAGGCGACCACGAAGCGUGUGUGCCGCAACGCCAAGCAUGCAAUCUCAGGGGAUUUGACACCCGAAUCGGUGGAGCUCUUGCACGUGAUCUCGGAACCUCUGAAGGUGGAGCUUGCCUAUGACAUGUACUCGCAGGUUCUGAUGUGGCAUCCCUUCUUUUUGGAGCUCCUGCAAGAAAACUCACCCCUGAUGCGUCCCAUUUGCCACCGAGCGAUGUCUAUGUUAUUGCUCUCCAGCACGGACAUCAUUUUCAACUUGGGCGAGGAGGGCACCAUUGGUACAAGGGAAAUGGGAAGAACCUGA